CAUUAUUAAAUUCAUUAAAAGCUCAUUGGGCAACUCUUUGUAAACAGAUUUGCUCAUUUACUUAAAAUAUUGAAAACAUUGUAGGCCUACUCUGCUAAGUAUAAACUAAUCUGUUCAUUCAUUUAAAAAAAAACGUAAUACUUUAAAGAAACAUAUUAGUUUGUGUAAACCCGUUUGUUCAUUCAAUUCAUUCACACAUUCAGCCAUUCACACAGUUUCACUGUUUGUCACACUCAUGACAAACAUAAUACUGAUAUCCCUUAGUGCACAAUUCAUGUGCCCAACCCUCACAGAAAACACACUUAACCAAUUUAUCCCCAGCGACAGAAGUGGCAAACUGUUCGCCACAGACAAGGCAAUCCACAGAGGGCUCUUCUGUUUGUUUUUUCUUUGAACUAAAUAUCUUUCUUUUGACCUUGAUUGCAGUUCUUUUGGUCUUCUCUUCCUCAAUUGUCUGUUUAACUGGAGUGUCUGUGAAGAUGGCGAAAACCCUUUUAAAUUAAUAGAGAAUAACAGUUUUUAUUUCAUUUUGUUGUACGCUAAUGGCGGGGUUAGACUUUUUCAAAAUGGUACUACGUGUUAGGCAAAAUGACUGUUUUUAAAAUAAUAAAAUAUUAGAUUCAGUGACUUACACACAAAGUUCAGUAACCGAAAAAAUAAGUAUUAUAAAGAAUUUUACUUACAUGCCAUGAAAACCUUCUUUGCUGUGGAUCUUGACAAAAGUUAACUCAAUCGCUCUGAAAACUGGCGGGAGACCGUCUGCGAGCUCUGUAGUGAACUGACUGGAAACACAACCUGUUCAACCCUGUGCAACAACAUAAAAGCACGAUGAAACCAAACCGCGCCUUUCCCAUCAGCCGCCCAUCUAAUUACAGUCACAGGUCUUCCUCUCUCAGGCCAAAACACACCAACGUGGCCUUCCUGAAGACACACAAGACCGCCAGCAGCACUAUGCAGAAUCUGCUGCACCGCUUCGCGGAACGUAACAACCUGACGGUGGCGCUGCCCAACGAAGCCUGUGAUUUUUACCAGUUCUGCUACCCUCGCAACUUCAGCACACACUUCGUACAUGAGCACACGUUGGAGCCAAACAUGAUCACCAGCCACAUGCGCUUCAAUCUCGCCGAGUUGCGACGGCUCAUGCCCAACAAUACCAAAUAUGUCACUAUAUUACGGGAGCCAGGAUCCAUGUUUGAGUCCCUGUUUAGUUAUUAUUACGAGAUCUGUCCGAGUUUUAAACGGGUGCCCAACGGAUCACUUGAAGCAUUUUUUGACAAUCCUUGGAGGUACUAUCGACCCGACGAGGACGAGUCGAUGUACGCCCGAAACACACUAACCUUCGACUUGGGCGGGGAUAAGGAUCGCCUGGAGGUGGACUUGGAUGAGUAUGCGCAGGCUUUCGUAGCGGAAAUUGAGCACAUCUUCUCUUUGGUGAUGAUCACGGAGCACUUUGAUGAGUCGCUCGUCCUUUUUCGUCACCUACUCUCCUGGGAUGUUGAGGAUAUUCUCUACGUCAAGCUUAACAUGCGGACACCUAGCUCCAAGCAGGGACUCUCUCCGGGCGUUCAUGCCAAGGUCCGUGCAUGGAAUUCCCUGGAUGCCCGUCUCUACGACCACUUCAACGCCUCAUUGUGGCGCCAGCUAGCUGUCCUGGGCCCGGAACUUGUGGCGCGUGAGGUGAAUCUUCUCCACAGGGCCCAGGAGAGGCUUGUGAAGGACUGCUUUGGCGAUCAGCUUCUACAGCUUCGUUUGGCUGCCCAGAUCAAGAACAACAAGACACGACCUUGGGUACCCGAUAAUGAGGUGGGCAUCCUAGGCUAUGAGUUGCCAACCAACACCAGCCUGCCUCACAACCUCUGUCUAAAACUCAUUAUGCCCGAGCAUCAGUAUUCAGACGAUCUACUGCUGAUGGCUUCUCAUAGGAAGAGACACUCCACGCCAUCAACAGUUACAAAGUAAUAAUAGUAGUAACAAUAUGUACACCAUUAUCUUUUAACAAACACCUUUUCUCUACUAUCACUGACUACAUGCUAAUCUGGAAAAUGAAUCUGAAGAUUAAUGAAACCAGGCUGGUACCAGGUGUUUCAAUGUCAGAAUACAUUUCCUCUGGUGAUACUCACAAGAGUAGGAGCUCUACCUUCCGGUGUGCUGAUAACCAACCCCAUACCGGAAUCUUACCUCCCUUCUUGUGAAUGUGCACACGCUCUAUUCUCCAUUGCUGCAACUUGCUUGCUUAUGGAGAUGUUUGCCCUUUACUCCAUUGUAAAUUUAGCCUACCUUUCACUGCUCUUAUUACAAACCUGUUUCCAAAAAAGUUGGGAAGCUGCAUAAAAUGCAAAUAAAAACAG